GUCAGUGUAUCUCGUCCAUUACAGUUUACAACGUUAGCAGAACUUGGAUAUUUCUAGACCUUGCUAGUACUCCGUUUUCUCCAGGAGUAAAAAGACAAGGAAACCAAACGGAGGCGAAUCAACAAUGGCUUCAGGUGACUCCCUCCAUCUCUCAGAGCUGAGGAUUGUGCUGCUGGGGGGGAGAGAUGAAGGGAAGAGUUCAUCAGGAAACACCAUCCUCGGCAGAGAGGAGUUUGACCUGAGGACAACUGCUCAGUGUGUGAAGAGACAGGGAGAAGUAGCAGGGCGGCAGGUCACUGUGGUCGACACUCCAGGAUGGUGGAGGAUUUACCCUGUAGAGAGUACUACUGAGCUGGUUAAACAGGAGAUAGUACACAGUGUGUCUCUGUGUCCUCCAGGACCCCACACUCUCCUCCUGGUCAUCAAGCUGGAUGUCUCAUUCACAGAGGAAGACAGAAGAUCAGUAGAGGGACACCUGCAGCUUCUCAGUGAGAGAGUCUGGAGUCACACUAUAGUGCUGUUCACUCAUGGGGACUGUCUGGGAGACACAACCAUUGAGCAGCACAUUGAGACAGAAGGGAAGGCCCUCCAGUGGCUUGUUGAGAAAUGUGGGAACAGGUAUCAUGUUCUCAACAAUGAGAAUAGGGGUGAUGACUCUCAGGUCACUGAGCUGCUGGACAAGACUGAGGAGAUGGUGGCAGCAAACAGUGGAGAUGUGUUUUACCCUGACAUAGAUAUCAGUAAAGAAAUGAACUGGAGUUCAGAAGAGUAUCAGACAUCACCACUGCCUCUGAAAAGAGCCAAGAGUAUAGAAGGUGUCCCUCCAAACAAGUGGGGAGGUGGUAGAUCUGAUGUCCUGUCUCUGGGGAGCUCUGGCUAUGCCUCCCAGACAUCCAGACCUUCUGACCACAGCUCAGGGAUUAAACCACAGAAAUCUCCACACACCAGAUUAAACCCUGAACCUGCACACAGCAGGGAACCACCAGGACCGAUCCCAACUUCUGUGAUGCCUGAAUUCACCUCACAAACUUCAGAGACUUCAUACAGGCUCCAGUGCCCCCAUGCAGGUGUGUUCCAGUGCAGGUUGACAGGUCUGGCCUUUCAGAUGGAGGGAGAGGGGGAGGUGCUCUACAGAACUGUCCAAUGGGACGAAGGUCUGCUGGUCUCCACAGGCCAGACCCCUGCAGGACCCCUGUUCAACAUCAGCUGUCCUCAGGGCUCUGUCUGUCAGCUGCACCUCCCACACUGUGAGAUUCUCUCUGGAGGGGGUCUAAAGUCCUUGUCUGUGGCUCAUGUCAGUGGUGGUAACGUGGAGCUUCCCCUAUGGGGGUCUGGUGAGACGGUUGAUACCCUCCCUCACCACCAGGGGGAAGGUGCUGUCCUUCCUCCAACUACUAGGCCCCAAGCGCUCUAUUCUCAACCUGGUUGUUAUACCACACAACGUUCCACUCCAAGAGGUAGUCCUUCCAACACGCCCAAAACACAUCGGUAUUUUAAUCGCUAUGGUUGUACCACAAGUCCUGAAAAGUGUGAAUUGAAAGGGGUCAAAGUUGAAUACAUCGUCUUGUUUCAGGUGGGGAGGAUGCAGAGAGCGGGCUCCUACAUAGAUGUGUGUUCAGACUGCACACUCUCUCGUGGAGAAGUCUACAGUGUCUGCUGUGAUGUGGUGGAGGGAGAUAUGAUCCAACCUAAGCAUGUUCAGGUCUACUGGAACUAUGGUCCAAACUACCACCCCACCUUCCAGGUGUUUCUCAACCCCAACACAGAGGAGGUGGGGCUGAGGCUUCUGGAGAAAGCGGGAAAAGGAGAGGCGGUGUGGACAGCACGUGUUCCACUAACAGGUUCCUCAUCGCUGGGAGGCAGGCAGACGGAGCAUGCUCAGAAGGGCUGUGCAGAAGAGCAGCUGCGCUCUGCAAGACUGACGUUUGUGGAGCGAGUGUCCAUGCCUGUCCUGGAUAAUCUGCUAGAUGGACUUCUGCAGGAGAGAGUGAUCAACGAUUGUGAGAGAGAGGCGGCGAUAGCGGAGACACAGAGGGUAGAGAGAGCGCGGGCCACCAUCGACAUGGUCCUGAGGAAAGGAGAUGAGUCAUGGUCUGUGAUGAGACGCCUCCUGUGUGAUAUGGACCCUUACUUACAUUCAACACUUGGCUUUAAAUAAUACUGAAGAGGAUGAAUUUAUAUAAAUAAAUUCAUUCAUGAAUUUUCGAUUCUGUAAGAAAAUUCUGGUACAAUGUUUCAUUCUUGUACAAUUUUUUUUUUUUUAAACCAUUUUUCUUUUUAAAAAUGUUUUUAAUCUUUGGUCGAUGAAUGAGAGUAGGCCUAAUUUGAUUGAGCAUCGUAAUCCCACCACCAUCAAGUUGUUAUAUUAUUACAUUACAUUUAAUUAGUUUAGCAGACACUUUAAUCCAAAACGACAUACAAAUGUAUGAACAUAAUAUUUGAGCCGUGGUAGAGCCCCCUACCCCAGGGCAGAGCCCGUGGUGGGGGCUCUGCCCUGGGGUAGCCGGCUCCCUUACGCUCCCAUGGCAAAGGGUGCUCCUCUACUAGGCCUCGGACAUCACCUCGGACCUGUCCACCCCCCCUACCCCUUUACCUUAUAUAGGUCUGCCCUCGUUUCCCAUGAAGAGUAACCCAUGAAUAAAAACAAUUGUUUUUAUUUAGGUAAAUACUAGUUCUGCAGUACAACAAAAUCAUCUACACAUUAACUACACCUGUGUUAGCCAGCUAAAGCCGAUUGGGCCACGUCUGAUAAGGCAGCAUUAAAAGGCACACACGUAUGUGUGUCACAUCGAGGAGGCAUUUCCUUAGAUUAAUCCACUCCGCCAAAGUCAAUCCGAUUUCCAUAUCUAUGGUUAUCAAUAAUGUUCAAAUCUAAUACGUGAGUGUCUUGACUGGAGACAAAGUAAAAAAAAAUUGUGACAAAGAAGAAUAACGUUUUCAUGUUUUAACAUCUUGGAUUACUGGUAUCAUGUCACCUAUUUGCAGGACUUUGUAAUAGGAUAUGAUUUGAUUGUUGUAUACAUAUUUUGUUUGUCCAAUCAUCUCUAUUACUUCAGAAUCCCUGGAGGAGAAUAUGUCAAAAUUGAUGGACACGAAGAAGAAUGGGGAAGAAGUUGAUAUUCCUUUUGAUGUUGAAAUUGAAUCAGAACCAGAAUAUGCUUGAUUUGCUAUGUACUGUAAAUUCACACAAACAAGGAAUUUACUGUGGCAGGAAGCUGCAUACAAUAAACCAGGGCUCUCAACUCUCACACAUUCACCGUGAGACUCACACAUUUCAAUCAUUUCUCACGCAACACCUUGUAUUUCUCAUGCUGAGAAGUAAUGGAUAAUUUAUCCCCCCAGUCUUCAGAUUUUUGUACCAGAACGUUACAGGUAGGCCUAUAAUAAUGUAAUCUCACGCCAAACUUGAGAGCCCUGAUAAACAUAUACGGAUCUUAAAUACAUAAAAAGUAGAAAUGUACAAUAGUCUAACUAAUUCUUAACAACUAAAAAAUAGGUAAAAUAUAAAAUUGAUAAAAAAUAGGAUAACAUAGUGCAGUGGUUCUCAAACCACUGGUGGUACACAUGCUAGUGGUACGCGGAGGAAUCUCAGAAAUAUUUAAAUACCUUAACCAUGAUAUCAUUUAAAUGUGAUUUAAAAAAAGUUUUGCCUUCCCUAUAAUAUUUUGGUUUCGAAAAACAAAAAUAAAUGUUGGCACGCGCUACUACCUGACUGAUCUCGGGUAGUGGCAAAUGCAAACAUCCACGAUAGUUACUGCGUGAACUGUGUGUAGCUCAAUAGGGUAGGCUACCCUACUGUAUAUUAACAUCGGUCAUAAUGGUGGUACUUGGAGAGUCAAAUAUUUUCUGAGCUGGUACGGGGUGUAAAACGUUUGAGAACCACUGACAUAGUGCAUUAAUUAUCAAUUGACUAAAGAUCAGCAGGACACAGAUCGGUAGCCUAGAAAAACCAAUAGAGAUCACCUAAUGACAUCCGAAAAUCUUGUCUUUUCUCCAGUAAGUCAUCAAUGAGUGGACCCAUGAUGAGCUGGAGUGAUGCCGGCAAGACUCAAGAAGAAGAAGAGAUCUGCCUCUGCUGGAGGACUGCUGACACAUUGGGAAAUGGGGAGAGGGAAUAAGGGAUAUUUCUGUUAUUUUCAGUGAGCGUUAAAAGUAUACAUAAACACAAAAACAAACCGUGCAAACAUUUUACAUGCAAUACAUGACUACCCUAAUACGGCCCAUACUCUUGACCUGGGGAAAAGAUCUGUUAACAGAGUGUAUGGUUUUAUAUAUACAGACCAGGGGUGAACCAAAUGUAUAUGUUACUUUUAAGAUGCAUGUUUAAAGUUGUUUUCUCUCUUGAACAGAGAUCUUAUUGGGAUUUUUAUUUUUGUUUGAAUUGUUUAUCACUUGUAUUAUUGUUUUUAUUGAUUUUAUGUAAAGCACCUUGAGCUACAAUUCUUGUAUGAAAUGUGCUAUAUAAAUAAAGUCUUACUUACUUACUUA